CUGGAUCAGGAUCGUCGCUAGGGCAGGUUCUCUCCAAGGUGGAGUUUCCUCCAAAGUGGACGGCUCCACCUCCCGCCCCAGAGUGGACGCCCUUUUCGGUGCUCCGAGAGCCUGCCCAGGCCGUCUCCGGAGGGCAAGUGGCCUUUGAGCUCAGGCUGCCCGGGAGGUGACCGGUCCUGCGGCUUCAGGAGAAACUGCCCCUCCUCUCGCUCCGGGGCUGGUUACAGUGGACCGUGGGGAGUGGAAAGGGGGCGGGUCUCCAGGGGCCGGUACUUUCCGACGCUGGAAACGCGCUCGGCCCUUGGCGUCCCGGGACCCCAUUAACACCAGGGUCCCCAGGGAGCGGCCCAGGGAGGGGCGGGGCGCCCGCCGUCCCUCACGUUGGCUCUCAGCCUCUCGAGUUACAGCUUCGGGUUCUCCCGCGGGUGCCUUUCCCUGCUCCGGGACAAAGCGGCUCGGUGGCAGUGGCGCGGUCAGGAGAAGACCCCCGCUGCGCUCGGGACUCCUGCUCGCAAGGCGCCCCGCCCGCCGCCCCGCUUCCACCCCUCCCGGCAGCGCAGGGAAAGCCCCCGCGGCUCCUCCCACCCCAGGGGCUUUUCUCCAGUCGCCAGCGACUUUGCUUCGGGAGCGCAGCCGCCUGGCGCCGCUUUCCGCCGGGCUGGAGCGCACGGUGCCCCUGGCUCUUCUGCGGAACGCCAGGGGCAAGAAUCGGUGACCUCGGGGCGCGCCCCGCGUCCCGGGUCCCCUAAUCGUCACCUCGGCCCCCGGCCCGCGCCUAGGCCUCCAGCAUGGUGCUGCUGGCUGGGCCCGGGCCGGAGGGCGGCGGGACGCGCUGCUUGUCCCCGCAGUCGCCGACGCCACCCCGGGGCGCGCAGACAGGGGACGACCCGGGGGACUACGAGGAGUACGAAGACUUCUCGAGUCUGCCGGACACCCGCAGCAUAGCUUCAGACGAUUCCUUCUACCCUCCCGGAGGCGAGGAGGAGUGCGGCGCGGCGAGCGCGGAGUGCGUCCCGGAGGGCGUCCCGGAAGCGGCGACCCUCCUGCGCGCCGCCUGCACCAACGACGUGGGGCUGCUGCGGGCGCUAGUGCUGCGCGGUCCGAGUUCCGAGGAGGUACAGGAGACUGACCGCAACGGCCGGACUGGCCUUAUUGUGGCGUGCUACCAUGGCUUUGUGGAUACCGUGGUGGCCUUAGCAGAAUGUCCGCACGUUGACGUCAACUGGCAGGACAGUGAAGGGAACACGGCCCUCAUCACAGCUGCACAGGCAGGGCAUGCUACCAUCACCAACUACUUGCUGAAUUAUUUCCCUGGUCUGGACCUAGAAAGGAGGAACAUAUUCGGCUUCACAGCCCUCAUGAAAGCAGCCAUGCAGGGCCGAACGGAGUGUGUGCGAGCCCUGAUGCUGGCAGGGGCAGAUGUUCAAGCGAGGGAUCCCCGUCGUGGCAUGUCACCACAGGAGUGGGCUGCAUACACUGGCCGAGUGGAGGCUGUUCGUGUCAUACAGAGGCUUAUGGAGCGACCGUGCCCAGAGCAGUUCGGAGACAAGUACAAGCCGGAGUUGCCGCUUCCCCCUGAGGGGCUCUUGAAGGCCCCAGGUUCCAAAAACUGCUUUCAGAGAUUCACCGAGUUCCUGCGGACCGCUCUGAGCUCCCGCUCAGGCCAGAGCCUGGAGGAUGGAGGCGUCCUUGAUCACAUGGUCAGGAUGACCACAAGCCUCUAUAGCCCAGCUGUUGCUGUCGUCUGCCAGACCGUGUGCCCGGAGAACCCUCCCUGUGUGGGGAAACGACGCCUGGCAGUGCAGGAAAUCCUAGCAGCUAGGGGGAACCGGGACGCCUGUGCUCUGGAUAGCAACAAGGUAGAGGGCUCUGACCCGCAAUUCCAGACUUUGGAGGGUCCCAGAGCCAGCCCCUGGCCAUUCCAGUCCUCUGGGGCCCCAGGAUCCACCCCUGCCCCUGUCUCUCGGAAGGCCAGCCUCCUGCCGUUGCAGUUGCUGCGGAGGAGCAGCGUGCGGCCAGGUGUGGUGGUCCCCAGAGUGCGCAUCUCCAAGGCCCCCGCGCCCACCUUCCAGCCCGAGCGCGCAGCGCCCAAGGGCAACACCAAGGACAGCAUCCACCUGCAGAUCCCCAAGUGGCGGUACAAGGAGGCCAAGGAGGAGAAGAGGAAGGCGGAGGAGGCGGAGAAGAAACGCCAGGCAGAGGCUCAAAAGGAAAAGCGGGCGCCACGCUGGAGGAAAAGGACGUGAAAGGAGGCUAUGAUGCCCACUGCGUGUGCGCCUGGUGUGGGGAGGCUGCGCUAGGAUCCAGCUGGGAGGCUGCGGGUGCUGUAGACCGCGCCACUGAGACGAGACGGGUGCCUCUCUCUGCCAUGGGGUGCAUGCUGUAUCACACAGCCUCUGCCUGGGCCGUACUCCUUUCCCAGACCCACGAAGUGGGGUUCACAUUGCUCCCAAGACAGAAUUGAAAAGACUAGAGAUGGUUUUUGCUUAAAACUAGUUCCCUGAGCAAUCUAUACACCCAAAGGGCAGUUUGCCUAGAAGUCACCCCUCAGAGGACCCCAAUUAAGAAUUUAAAAACUUAACUUAUCAAAGGGCAUUUUCGCAUACUUUUGUAUUUUGUUAUUUAUGAAAAAUUGCAGCAUUUUUCGAAUGGCAGGCUCUUUGUAAAUUAAGGCAGUUUUAAGACCCUUUGUUUAAAAACGCCGUCUCUAGCAAUAAAUACUUGUAAUGGCUGUGUGAAUUACACAGGACUCAUGGGAUUCUCCCCUUUUGCCAUUUGGUUCUGGCCUUUGCCUUCUCGUGUCCCAUGGACACACCUGUGCACUGGCUUUUCCUUUGAACUUGAGUGAUGCCAAAUGCCUGUUUCUACUUGAUGAAGGCACGGACUGCUAUUCAAAAUGAUCAAGUGGGAUGGAAGUCUUACUUUCGUUUCGUUUUUAAAUUCUUUUGUUCCUAUCAUCAUCGUCAUCAUCAUCAUCAUCAUCAUCAUCAUCAUUGAAAGUAAUAUGGCAUAUUGCAAGAGUGUAUAUGUUGCUAGGACCAAACUCAUUUAAAGCAAAGGGCUUGGAUAGACCAUCUUCCAGAGGAUUUGAGGAAAACAAUUAUUUAAAGGGGGCAGAUUUAACAAAUGAGUGGUAGAAACCAAGUCAUAUGUGCUCAGAAAAAAAACCAAACAUGGAUAUCCUUAAAAAUGUCCAAAGCUGCAGAGGGUAAGGGAUGCUGCAAAAAUGCUGAGAGGCAGACAGGUGACCGUUAGAACAGGUGGUACACCUUGGAUGGUGGACAGUGGUUUGGGGAAGGUUUUCUUGGAGCGAGCCACACUCUCAUGGUGGCCCUCUCCUCCAGAGAGUCCCUUGUGCGUUUUGACGUACAGUUCCCCUUUGAUGAGCCCCAAGGUUUGGCUCAUUCCCAUACCAACUUUGUAGAACUUCCAGUAUGUGGGGACUUUGGUGGGGAUGGGAUUUACCUUGGGUGCCAAACUGUCAGUGAAAGUUUUCUUUCUCUUUCUUUCUGUCUUUCUCUUAUUUCCAAAGCAUUGAAAAAAAUCCCAGCUGGGUCUUAGAGUAUCCGUAUCAUGCACUUUAUUUGAAUAUUUAAUGUAAAUACUUGGAAGCAAUAGAUUCAGAAUACUACAGGCUGAUUUGGAAGCCCUUUGCUGAGGUCCAUCCCACACUGUGGGUGCACGUAGGAGGGGGCACUGGUUUAAUCUUAUUCUUUUCCUCCUCCAUGCCAUUAGACAUCGAGCAACGAGAGAUCUCAUACUAGCCUCCCCCCAAACUCCAUAAAAUAGGAGUUUUUUUUUGGUGUCACCAUUCAGUGUUUAUAAAUCAUAUUUAGUAAGUUUCUCUUUUACCCUAGAAAGGUACCAAGGUGAAUGCUGGGGUCUUGACCCUCCUCUACAGCUGUUGAUGUUAGUUGGCUGGGUUCACCCUUGCAACCCAAGACUUUGUUUUGGCUACAUCUCCUUGGGGGCUGUGAGGACCACAAGCAACCUCAGUUAUCUUUUGGGGCCAUCUUCCCUGUCUCUUUUGGCAUUGUGUGUCUUCCUGUCGUAUACGUAUAACCUGCAGUACUAGCUAGCUUGUCAUAGGCCCCGCCACUGUGAGCCAAGGCAGUGCCAAAAUGCUUGCAAUCCACGUUCCUCAUGCUGUUUGUCCACAGAUAAAACACUAACCGUUUUAUUCCAUUUCCCUGCUUCAGAGGGGGAGCUGUAUUCCAGUGCAGUGGGAAGUACCAAGGUGACCACUGCUGAAGUCACUGGAACUGUGACUUCUCAGCAGGGGCUAUAGGAAGCCCCACUGCUUUUAGGGGGCUUUUCCUGGACACCCAGCUUGAGCUCCCACAAAGGUCCUGUUUUUGCAGGUUGUCUGGUUGUCUCCUGACUUGGGAGAGCAGAGGAGCAGGCCUGGGGAUCUGCUUGCCUUUGUGUGUAUUAACUGUGAAUAGUGAAUUCCAAGUGAACAGGUGUCUUCUCAGGGAUUUAUACAUAAAUAGAGUUAGGGGAAAAGUUGAAGUGUAUUUUAAAUCUUUUUGAUGUUUAAAUCAAUUAGGAUUAAACCGGACAGAAGAAAUAUUUCCAAGAUAGUGCCAGAGCUGCUGUUUCUAAGUGAGAUCUUGGGACUUGUCUCAGUGGAGAUUUAUGGGGACCACGGCAGUGGGAAUGGCUGUGGAUAUGGCUGUGGCUGCGUCUGGGUGUGACCCUUGUGUUAACAGUUACCUCCAGAUAAGCAGAAGUGACUGACACCGAAAUGGAUAAUCCAUAACCCCCUAGAACUGUUCACUGCACCCCUGGUCUUUUUGCCUUGCUUUCAAGGAUGAAAUAUCCACAGUCAUUCUCCAGGAAGCCACAGAGAGCCCCAGGAAAGAUCAGGGAGCCUUGCACACUUGGUCCGCCGUGGCCUCCAUGGCAGUGUGCCUGCUGCCCUGGAGCAGGACAGGAGGUAACAGGAGGGACUUCACACCUUCCUCAGCCCCUUCCAGGCUGCUGGGCCACACCCGAUACCUCUGAAAAUAAGUCAAAAUGGCCAGGGGUUUUCCAGCCCAGCUUUGGAUUCCCCUGACUCCUCUUGUACAUCAGGAAAGGGAGGGUUCAUGACAAUGGCUAGAAAAUGGGUUUUUAUAGACUCAGAGAGGGUGUGCCAAGAGGUCAUGUCCCAUUCCUUCCCAGCUGGGACCAGGUCUCUGGAAUGGAGCUAAGAUUUUCUAGAGAAGAACAAGGCUUGUGGGAAGGGGGCUGGCUCCAGUCCCCAGGAGUCGGGAGGCAUCAACAGUUAUUUCCCAUGCUGCUCAGAGUGACGGCCUCUCACUGUAGACUCCAUCCUGCUGUACAGUGAGGGGGCUUUUCUGUUCUAGUGGUUGGGAAAUUCCAGCAGGGUUCCCGUUGAGUUCUCCAGUGCUGGUCACAGUCUGGAUUCUGGUUUGUGCCGCCAGCCCUUGGUCCCUUUGAGCUGGACAACAAUGUGGAGGGAGGGCCAGGACUUCUAGAGAAUGAAGGAGGGAACACUGACCAUGAUGGAAUCUUAGAAAACAACAAAGUCACCUUUAUAACAGAAGGAUACUUGGGACCAUCAGACCAGGGUAGAGUUAGCCACACAGAGUGAAAAGCCACUUCCUAGUCACCCAUUACCAGCUCUGGACAUUUAUGUAACUCGAGUCAACGAUUCAUUUCUUUGCCCUGUAUUCACAUAUUUAUUCCUUGACAUUUUAGAUAAGUGACUGAAAAUUCCUCUGCAGGCUUUAUUGUAUUUAUUAUUAUUAUUUAAACGCUCAACAGUGCUACCUGGGUUGGUCUGGCUGGGUUGCUUUGGCUGGUUUUCAGGUGUUGCCAUUGAAUGCUACCUGCUACACAUGGGGUUUUCACACUCUGCCCUGGCCUGAAGUAAGACUGUAAUGAAAGGUGAAGCCACCAUUGUGCGUUGGCCGCCCUCAGCAGCAGGCUAUAUUAAUGGGGACCGACCAUGUAUGAUUUUCACUGACAUGUGCAAACUGAAGGGCCAGAAGUAUGUGCUUGUAAAUGUACUAGCUACAGUGGCUCACAGUGAACCCCCAGGAGUGUCUCUGUGACCUGUUUUGAGGUGUGGUUUCAGGCAGAUUGCAAGGCCUGAGGGUCUACCUGGAGUCCCCAAAUAAUGUGAAAGCUGACAUGGCUGGAGUCUUUACACCCUAGGCUGUGCUAUUAGAAGAUGGUGCUGACCCAGGUGGCUAAGAGCAGAUAACCCACUGCAUCUGGGUUAGCUCUGGCUUUGAUGUGCCUCAGUUGCACGAUGGGCCCAGACCCGAAAGGAUCCCCCAGAAGAGCUCUCGUAUCCUCCCAUAGCUGCCCUUCUGCUUGGAGGGGGUAUAUUCUGUGGGACUUGACCCAGGUGGACACCCUAGAACAGCAUGUUAUCUAAGGGAGUUUUGGGAUACCCCAGUCUGCCUCGGUAUUAGAUUGGCUGACUAGUUCUGGUUUUGAAAACAUUCUCUGGGCUGUGAUGUGACUUCCGUUGUUUUAAAAGAAAAUGUAGAUGGGAGAGAAAUGAAGCUGGCCAUCCUCGGCAGAGCAGUAGACUGUGUUUAUAGACUUGAAGAAUAGUAAUCAGGCGCCUAACUAACACCAGUUAGGAAGUUCUAGAAACUGGUUCAGGAUGGUGCGACUCUGAGUACACUUGACGGAGAGUGGACACAUGUGUCCAGAAGUGGCGCCAGCUUGGGGCCUGCUACGGCGUGAGAACCCAGUGCUCCAUUCAAGUGACAGCACAGUCCGCUACAAUGAAUUUUCUUGGUCCAAAUGGUAGUUUUAAAAAGCAAACAAGAGCAAGACAGGAGUUGUGCCUAGAAUUUGCUGGGUGUGUGAGAAUCUGCAGCGGAGACCGACGGGUGAGGAAUGGAGCAGACUUCUGCACAGCCAGGGGUCAGGUUCUGCCUUCCUGGUUGGAACUGUUUCCAGAGUGUGAAGCGAUUUCCUUUGUCAUUUCUAAAACUUUUCUGAAUGUUGUAAAGAUGUUGACUAUGGCUAUAACUGUAAAUUCCAGAGCGUUUUAUUUUGAGAUGAGAAUUUUGCUACAGUUUAUACAGGAUAUUUUCCUAUUUAGACCUCAGGGCUACCUUGGGACCCACUAAUAAGUGUGACCCCCACCCACCCACCCCAGCAGCUUCAAUUCUGGAUAGACAAGUUAUGUAACUUCUAAAUUAAAUGUGAUAUUGUUCACUAAGAAGAAUGUGUUUCUCUCUUUUAACUUCUGACAAAUUCUGUUUUAAAAGUGUAGAAAAAAGAGACACUAGAAAAGAAUAAAACAAUGGUAAAAGAAUUAAAAAUCACCUGUAAAAUAAAUAUUCUCAUGGUAUAAAAUUGUGAUAUUUGAAUAAACUUAUGUGCAUAAAUUAUUUAAAAAUA